GCAGCGUCUUAAAUAAAGUGAUGUAUGUCUUAAUGAGAGGCUUUAGAAAUGAACACAAAGGGAUUCUGUGUUUCAUCAUAAAGUCUGAAACUGUUUUGAUAACCGACCGAAGCCGGUGGACAGAAAGCAGAGAUUUGUAAUUUGCAAAUCUUUGAGAAACUGUGUGAAAUAUCCUCUUCACAAAAGGUCUCCCCCAAUAAACAUAUGUGGGAUUGCAGGUUUUGCGUUUCAAUUUAACUUUUUUAUUUAACAAUAAUCUCAGAUGAGGUCUGUAACUGCAGAUUCAGUCCAAGUUUAUUCCACAUUAGAAUGACUCAUAUUAAGAUGUAGGCAUGACGAAUGUGUUGUAUUGAUUUCCUUCUUGACUUUCCAAAAAGGGAAGUCGAAACAUGCUCUGUGGGGGUAGAAGUUCCUCUUCUCCACACUUCAGGACAUUGUUAUACAACAGCCUACACAAAUGCGUGGUUUGUGUUAUUUUUACCUCUCAAUCCUGACCCAAGUGUCUUCCAGCACCCGCACUGUCACUGGCUUCUUCGGGCACAAUGUCACUUUGCCCUGUAGCUACGACACCUCGGGUCACGGCGUCCUGAGUUUCUGUUGGGGACGAGGGGUGCUGCCCACGUUCAAAUGCUCCGACACCAUCGUCUCCUCGCGGGACGGGGCCGAGCCUUCCAGCGAGUCCCCCAGGUACCAGCUGCUGGGCAGGGCCGCGGACGGAGACGUGUCGCUGACCGUCCUGGACGCCCAGCAGAGCGACGCGGGCCUGUACAGCUGCAGGGUGGAGGUCCCAGGGUGGUUCAAUGACCAGAAGGUCAAAAUACAUCUCGUCAUGGAGGAAGAAAUAUUGCCAACAUCCGUGGCUGAAAAUGAGGAAGUUGUUGGCGACACAUCCUUGGACAAAAUUGCAGAGGAAAAAUUGAAACCCUUCCUUGGAAUGGGAAACAUUUCCAGGGCGACAGCUGUUUUCCUCUUUGCCAUAAUCAUAAUGCUGCUCCUGGUUUUCAGGAGAAGAUUCCUGCCGAAGAGGGCACUUGAACGUCCCCAAACCUCACCUGCUGAAAACGUUUACGAAGCAUUAUGACGGGUCUCAACAUUAACAGGAUGAGCGAGUCCAAAAGGCCUGUUACGCCUUGUCAUUGCUGACUUGAUCUUUGGAGGGAAAGCUUUUGAGAAUAAUGGGUCCCAGUGCUCUCAGAUAGCUCUAAAAAAACAAAACACAUGUGUGUUAUGUGUCUGACAAAAUGCAGAAAAUAUCUUCCAGAUUAAUUGAUUUGGUUUUAAUGGAAAAAUGGACCUCCCAUUCCUUAAAGGCCACUAUAUGGUUUAUACUUGUGCACACAAUGCCACCUAUUGGUCUUCAUGUAUCAUCAUCAUCACAAAAUUUGAGAAGAUUUCACCAUGAAUAAUCUGUACGCUCCAUAAGAGCUUUAAUCUCUCUUACUGCUCAAUAUAUUUCUAAUAUUGAAAUGAACUAUGUAUGGAAAAACGCACUAGUACAAAGAACCUAUAAAUCUUCUGUUAACUGGUCCACAGAGGUUACAUUUUACAUUACAUCGACCACAUUUAUUUACAUUGAUACAUUGACUCAAUGCCAAAGUAAAUCUUUGGAUUAAAACUCUCCCAAUGAGGUGAGAAAUAUUUUGAUUUUACCGUUAGAUCUCCUCUAUGAUGAUUUCUUUUAUUCAAGGACUGAUGGAAACGCUAAUCUUGUUUCUGUGUUGGUGUGCAGCUCUUCUAUGAAUUUGUUUAGCGAAGAAAAUAAAUUUAAUUUGGACUGAAUACUUCACGGCUGGUUUGAGAAGAUCAAUGUUUAUUUGCAUGUUUAAAAAAAAAAAUCUUCCUGUGACUUAAUACCUUUUUUUGACUUUAAUUUGCAAUAAUACAGUUAUUGUGACCG